GCAAAAGACAGUGAGCAGUUAUUAAUUAAGUCAGAAGCAUCCCCUUCCCCAACUACCUUUCCAACGUCCUUCUUUUACCUUCUUCCACACAUAAACCAAAACCUUACACUACCAACAACGAUACACAAACAGAGAACACAAUCAAUUAAUCCAUAAUCUCUCACUAUCCAUCUUCGUUAACGCUUUUUAUCUUUUUCCCUUACAAGUUUAUACAAGGUACAUGCCUGAGAGGAAUCCCCGGCGAAGAGUCCUGCCGUCCGGCAGCCGGAAGAUUAGGCCGCCGCAUCCAUCGCCUUCUCCUACCAAAAGAACUCCAACGCCUCGGCUAUCUUUCAAGCAAUCUAAACCCAUAAGGAUUUUGAACCGAUGCUCAUCGGAGCCUGUGCUGUGGAAGAACAGUGGUGAUGUCGUUGGUGGAAGUGAAUAUCAGCAACAGGAGAGUUUUUACUCCGAUGCUGAUGGUGGAAGUGAUCUCCCUCGGCCUCAUAUUUGUAUUGAUGUUUUUGAUUCCUCUCCUUCAUUGAUGGCUUUUUCUCCUAAGAGGUCUGAGGGUUACAAGAAAGAUGCAAAAGUGGUGGUUAACAUAACAGUUGAAGGGAGUCCUGGACCAUUAAGGACGAUGGUUAAAUUGGGAUCAAGUGUGCAGGAUACAAUUAAGCUUGUUGUAGACAAGUAUUGUGAAGAAGGGAGGACCCCUAAGCUUGACAAGGACGCAACUUCUUCAUAUGAAUUGCAUCACUCCUAUUUCAGCCUUCAAAGUUUAGAUAAAUCAGAGCUGAUUGGGGAUAUUGGUAGCAGGAGCUUCUAUCUUAGAAGAAGCAGUAGCAACCGCAGUAGUAAUGGGUCAUCCUCUCAUUGCAUUUCGGAAAAUGUUGUGGUGCGGGAAAACUCACCGCCACCAAUUCCUCCCCCGGCAUUCUUACUCUCCAAUUUUCUUGCACGGAAAUUUGGAAAAAUUGUAAGACGAACGCGUAAACUAUGUAAGGUCUUGGUUUGCUGGCUUUGAUCAAGAUCUACCAUUCUUGGGAGUACUGCACCGUAUUAUUUGUAGUACCCUAAUUCUUUCUUUUAUUCCCAUUACCUAUCUUUUUUUUAAAAAAAAAAAAAUCUGUAUACCUGUAAAUGAAAAUAUAAAGUUAUGCAUUUCUUCACAUUCUAUCUAAAUUAUUGACUUAUGAAUUGCUGUAAGAAUACCCCCAAAGUUGCAGGGGCUUGCAAUCAAAUGAAAACAGGAUUAUUGACAGUU